CAUUUAAAACAUAAUUUCUGCUUUUAAUUUAGCUUCACGUGAUUCUGAGGGACAUGCAGACCCGACAGACAGCUGCUUCUUCUCAGCUCUUACAUCCUUUUGUCACAUAGCAAGUGAGCCCUUGAGUUUCACCCAUUACCAUCUUUUUUUCUCUUUGAACUCAGCUUAUGCGUUCUUUCACUUGCACAUACACUUCCUCAUCGGUGGAAAUGCAAUCUUCAACAGCAUCUCUGCUUUAUCAAUAACUUCUAUUCAUUCCUCUGUCAAAAAUAUGAUUCUAUUUAUGUUCUCAACUGCCUUUUUGCUGCUCUCAUUUUCCAUAAUAAUCACUUCUCCGGCCGCGGCAAUGCACCAUCUACAGCCGUCGUCUGAUGCAACUGCACUUCUCGCCUUUAAAGCUAAAGCUGAUUUAACCAACACUCUUCCCUACUCUCAAAAAAAAGCUCUCCAUUUAUGCGAAUGGCUAGGCGUCGAUUGCGUCCAGCAGAAAAUCGUUCGUCUCGUCCUUCAAGACUUAGAUCUCGGCGGCAUUUUUGCUCCCGACACUUUGACUCACAUUGACCAGCUUCGGGUCCUGAGUCUGCAAAACAACUCGCUCACCGGUCCUAUUCCAGAUUUGUCAAAGCUUUACAAUCUCAAAUCUCUGUUCCUUGAUCACAACUAUUUUACAGGUUCUUUUCCUCUUUCAAUCCAUUCACUUCACAGGCUCCGUACCAUUGAUUUUUCACACAAUAAUCUAACCGGACCGUUGCCAACCUGGUUAAACUCUUUAGACCCGUUGUACUACCUGCGUCUCGAGUUUAACUGGUUUAACGGCAGCAUUCCUCCGUUAAACCAGACGUCUCUUAAAACUUUCAAUGUCUCUCACAAUUAUUUCAGCGGUGCAGUUCCCGUAACUCCUAUACUACUGCGUUUUGAUCUUUCCUCUUUUUUAUCAAACCCUAACCUUUGCGGUGAGAUCAUUCACAAAGAAUGCCAUCGCAGUCCUCCAUUUUUCGGUCCGUCGUCCUUAUCGCCUCCGGCUUCUCCACCGUCUGCGGUUACCCUCAGUCAAAGCGCCGAACUGCACGGAGUUGAUUUGUCAAAACCGACCUUCAAAGCUAAAUAUAAAAGGACAGCUGUAAUCAUUGGGUUUUCAUUUGUGGCGUUCAUUCUUAUUAGUUCGCUUCUCUGUAUAUUACUAGCUGUGAGGAAACAGAGGAAUCAGAAGCACUCGAAGGCAGCAUCUGAAGGAGGAGCCGCCGCUGUAGCGGCGGAAGUAGCGGCGGCGAUAGAAAUAGAUCAGCAAGAAAAUGAGUUGGAAGAGAAGAUAAAAAGAGUGCAGGGAAUGCACGUUGGGAAGAGCGGGAGUUUAGUAUUCUGUGCGGGUGAGGCACAGGUUUACACGCUUGACCAGCUAAUGAGAGGAUCGGCUGAGUUGCUAGGGAGAGGCAAGAUGGGGUCCACAUACAAGGCAAUGUUAGAUAACCGUCUGAUUGUGUGCGUGAAGAGACUUGAUGCUAGUAAAUUAGAAGGCAACAGUAAAGAUUUUUUUGAGCAGCACAUGGAAUCAGUAGGCGGACUCCGGCAUCCUAAUUUAGUUCCGUUAAGAGCUUAUUUUCAAGCUAGAGAAGAAAGGCUCCUUAUCUAUGAUUAUCAACCCAACGGCAGUCUAUUCUCUCUCAUUCACGGUUCAAAAUCAACAAGAGCAAAACCACUACACUGGACAUCAUGUUUAAAGAUAGCGGAGGACGUAGCCCAAGGCCUCGCCUACAUUCAUCAAGCAUGGAGGCUCGUCCACGGCAAUCUCAAGUCAUCAAAUGUGCUCCUCGGGCCCGAUUUCGAGGCGUGUAUCGCGGACUACUGUCUCUCAGUUCUAGCAACUUCACCAUCAAUUGAAGAAGAUAACAACCCAGAUGCCACGGCAUACCAAGCACCAGAAAUUCGCAAUUCCAAAAACCAGCCAACUUCAAAAUCUGACGUUUUUUCAUAUGGAAUUCUUUUAUUAGAGCUCUUAACUGGAAAGCCUCCGUCCCAGCUCCCAUUUUUAGCUCCGGACGACAUUACAGAGUGGGUAAGGUCAGCUAGGGAAGAUGAUGGUGGAGGAGAAGAUGGUAGACUAGAGAUGCUUCUUGAGGUUGCUAUAGCUUGUAGCUCGACCUCGCCGGAACAGAGGCCCACUAUGUGGCAAGUAUUGAAAAUGCUACAAGAGAUUAAAGAUACUGUAUUGACUGAAGAUAAUGUAGUUGACCAACACAUUGCCAUAUCCUAAUUAUUCCAUUUUGGAGUUCAAUUUUA